GUUGUCGUCCACAGAUCUUCUUCGGCACGAGCUCAGUUCAGGGGAAGGGAUUCGCGUACAGUGCACACAUACACCCACACAAGCUCACAAGGACUGGAUACGUAUUCAGAGAAGACAGCACAGAGCCAGUGGACUCUACAUCAAUUCCAGCUGAAAGACAUGGAGCUUUUUGAGACCAACCCAUACUUCUUUGCAGACCAGCGGAUUUAUGAAAGCGGCGAUAACUUCUUCCCCUCCAGGCUGACCGGAGGCUUUGACCAAGCAGGAUAUCAGGACAGAAGCUCAAUGAUGGGGUUGUGUGGGGAUGGAAGGCUGCUGUCAGCAGGCGUGGGACUGGAGGACAAACCGCCCCCAUCUUCCAGCUUGGGUCUGUCCCUGUCUCCUCACCAGGAGCAGCAGCACUGUCCGGGACAGUGCCUUCCCUGGGCCUGCAAGGUGUGUAAGCGCAAAUCGGUGACCAUGGAUCGUCGGAAAGCCGCCACUUUGAGGGAGAAGCGGAGGCUGAAAAAGGUGAACGAGGCCUUUGAGGCUCUCAAGAGAAGCACACUGAUGAAUCCCAACCAGAGGCUGCCUAAAGUGGAAAUCCUGCGCAGUGCCAUCCAGUACAUUGAGAGACUGCAGGCUCUAUUGAGCUCUCUAAACCAGCAGGAACAUGAGCAGAGCAGCCUGCAUUACAGAGCUGCAGCUCCACAGAGGGUGUCGUCCUCCAGCGAGCAGGGCUCUGGCAGCACCUGCUGUAGUAGUCCAGAGUGGAGCAGCACGUCGGAGCACUGCGCCCCAGCCUACAGCUCCACCCACGAGGAUCUCCUGAACGACGACUCCUCGGAGCAGACCAACCUGAGGUCUCUGACGUCUAUUGUGGACAGCAUUACAGGAACAGACACCACAGCAAUCCCUUAUUCAGUGGACAUUUGCAAAUAAAUGAGGAGGGUGACCCCAUCAUGAUGCUCAGACCACCUUUCAUUGAUCAUAACAGCACUAUCUAUAGCACCCGAGGUGAAUGAAGAACCUUACAAAAGUCAUAAAACCCUUGGGGGCGUUAUUUCCAGACAAAUCUAGAGGUCCAUAUGAGUAUAUUUCCAAGUGUUUCUUAUCUCUGUGGGAAUAAGAAAUAAUAUAAGCCUAAUUCCUGCUGAAAUUUAAGACAGGCAGGUGGAUAUUUUGAUAGUUUGUCCUUUCUUUUUUAUUCCUGUGCUUUCAUUCUAUCUGUGUGUGCUUUAUGCUUACCAACAAAAAAUGUAUUUGUGGGUCCAAUGUUUUAAUCCAUGGUUUUGACCAAGUUCUGCUUAAUUUAAACUAGUUUCGAAUGCCAGUCAUGUAAAUAUGUUCCUAUUUUCUACAGAGUGGUUUUGUUAUUUUGUUAUAUUAUUUACUAUUUUUGUGUUUGGAAUUAUUUAUU